GUAAAGUUCAAACUGUUCAGACCUCCGCACCCGGAAACGCUUUUAAAGCUGCUGGACAUGUGUGUACACUGAGAUUAGCUAGCCUCACCUACAUGAAUAUAAAAGUCUUAUCAUUACUCUUCUACGUUUAUUUUGACCCAAAAUGUCUUCGAGUGAUAAUUUUGAAGGACAAUCUGCAGUCAAGGAGGAACUGAACAGAAAGAUAAAGGAGCAGAAGGUUGUCGUGGACGAGCUCUCAAAUCUGAAGAAAAACAGGAAAGUCUACAUCCAGCAGAGGAACAGUAACAUAUUCUUCCUGGCAGACAGAGUUCAGACACUUGGUUCAUGCAAAUGUGAACUGGAUAACAUGAAAAAGGAACUCCAGGAUAUGUAAAACCGACUGUACCACAACAAUGUGCGGCAUCUUUUGUCUGCUGAGUCCUUCACCGUCUCACUUUGAGUGGGACAAAACUGUUCAUGAACAUUUGAAGAAAC